CGUGAAAGCUGGCAGAUGGAACGAGAUAGGAUGCACCGUCGUGUGGCCGCCCUCGAAUCCCUACUCAAGUCUCCCAAUGGCCAGAGUCCUGCAAUGUCACCUCAAAAUGGCGUCAAGCCUUCCACGUCCCAACUACCCAGCAUAGCUGAAGUCGACUCAUCCCGCUUGUCUCCGGAACUACCUCGAAUCAAGAGAAACGCUGCCCCAGUACACAUCGACUUACCCUCCUUAACAGAUGCUUCCGUCUUCGACAGCGACGCCUCCUUGACCGACGUUCUGCAAGGUGAUCUACCUGCCUCUCCCCCUGUUACACGUAACAUCUUGAGUCCUCCGCCACCUGCCAACAGAAGACAUGCCGGUCAUACUCCUCUCAAGGCUCCGAGACCUGGCGACUUUAGCCCGGCCCUAAGCACCCGCUCCGACAAGACUACCGACACACCGACACGCACAAACACGCACAUGAACGAAGUCAUGUCCCAGGACGAUGGUGUCGAUGAAGAUCGCCCUCUGAAAGGACCCCUGCACAUGCCUUCGCUGCCUUGCAAUCCGGGCGCCGAGAACUUCACUAUGGACAUGCUGAAUGCGAAACUCAAAGACAUAUCUGAGCAUCCAGAAGAAAACCAACCCAUAGUAUGCAAAACCCCCGACUUGGCUUUCGAAGAGGAGACUCUGCCUUCACCUGUCCUCGACGAGAAGAUCGAUUCCGCGAGUAGCGGGGCCAAGGAUAAGUCCGAACCGAACAGCAGAGAAAGCAAGGACAAGGAUGCUGUAGACAAUGAAGGCAUCCGCCUUCGCACGAAGCCAAGUUCAAACUUUGGCGCACCCCUUGGUUCAAUGGGUGGAUGGAGACGUUAGGACGACUCCCUGUUUUGAGUAGCAUGGCUGGUUCCAUGUCCUGACUCACGAGUCCUGAUCAUUAUUUUACCGACAAUUUGUUGGAUCCAUUGGGAUAUUCAUUAGAAGGUUCUUUCUUGCAUAGAAAUCGGAGACUCGAAAAAAAGAGAUGGCGUUUUUUCUGUUUCGGCUUUCAAUUCACUGUUUCUGGAAGGAUUCUGCACUGAUACCCCCCUUAUCACCUCUCAUCACGCAAAGAAAAGAAUAUGGCCUUCAAAGGCAGAAAAUUCAGAUGACUAGAUAUGUCUAGGAGAGGAAUGCAAGAAAACACUUGUUCGGGUCUCGCGGCCCUGUUCUGUUUCCCAUCCCUUGCCUGAUAGGGCUUCUGUCUUUCUUAUCUUCACGCGACCGGAUCGACUUUCGCACGCGGAAAGGCGCAAAUGACGUCUCUUCAACAUUCCUGAGCAGAGACACUGUGAAACAAACGCCACCUGUGAUGGCCAUGGUCGCG